AUUUUCACCAUCUUCACUUCCUUCUCCCUCACCUGCUGAGCAGUGGAAACAACCAGUAAACGGCCGUGCCAGCUGGUCCCCAGGGCCAGCGUGGCCGUCACGGGGCACCUGCCGGCCUCGGCCCUUUGGGCUCCUCUGGGCUCGCGCCCCGCCCCUCCUUGUCCUCCGUUCCAUUUGAACACAUCAAGAUUCUUACAAAGGAACAGAUCAGGAGGAAUUCUGACGUUAUCGUGUUUGGAAAGGCCCCAAGGUUCAGGCGUCUUUUUAUCUUGUUUCCUGGGAUUUGCUGCAAUCACUCGGCAAGUAUAACCACAUGUUACUUCUCACAGAAAUCGAUUUGCAAAGUCACGCAGGGAAACACACAGCAAGCCCCGCCACUCUCAGCCCACCGACUUCAAGGAGAGACCUGCCGGGAGCGGCGGUGGCAGCGACAGAAAUGCGGGUGCUGACACUUUUAAGUCUUUGUUUUUCACCUUUAGCGGCUUUUUACUUCCACGCAGGGGAACGAGAGGAGAGAUGCAUACUGAAAGACGUCCCCAGCGACACCUUGGUAACAGGGACUUUCAAGAUACAGCAAUGGAACAUAGGCAGACAAGAUUUCCUUGAAUCUGCUCCUGGUUUGGGAAUGUUUGUGACUGUUACAACCUACAAUGAUGAGGUAUUAUUGUCAAAGUUAUAUGGCUCACGCGGGACAUUCUAUUUUACUUCACAUUCGCCUGGUGAACACGUCAUUUGCUUAGAAUCUAAUUCUACGAGGCUUGUGUCAUUCGGAGGGAGUGAGCUGCGGAUCCACUUAGAGAUUCGUGUUGGAGAACAUGACCUCGAUGCAGCCAUUGCUCAAGCAAAGGACAAAGUUAAUGAAGUUAGUUUUAAGCUUGAACAUCUAAUUGAGCAAAUUGAACAAAUAGUCAAAGAACAAAACUAUCAAAGGGACCGUGAAGAAAAUUUUCGAAUGACCAGUGAAGAUACAAAUAGCAAUGUUUUAUGGUGGGCUUUUGCACAAACAUUAAUCUUCAUCUCAAUUGGAAUUUUCCAAAUGAAGUACCUUAAAGACUUCUUUAUAGCUAAGAAGCUUGUUUAAAAUGUUGAUAAAGAUAAAUAACUGCUAAUUUGCAUAAUGUUUGAGUUAAUAAAUCAAAUACACUCAUAAAUGUGGAUUACUUUUGAGACUUGGAGACUUCAGAGGUUGAAAUUAAUGUUACAGCAUUGCAACACUGAUAAAAUGUCACUUUAACAAUGUGGUUCCUGAGUUUGAUAGAUUAAGCACAUCAUCCUUUCCUAUUCUACACUUGGUAAAGACCA